AUGGAAUCUGAGAAAGGGGGAUGGAAUCAGGGAGAAGGGGAUGGAAUCUGGGAGAAGGGGAUGGAAUCUGGGAGAAGGGGAUGGAAUCUGGAGAAGGGGAUGAAAUCUGGGAGAAGGGGAUGGAAUCAGGGAGAAGGGGAUGGAAUCUGGAAGAAGGGGAUGGAAUCUGGGAGAAGGGGAUGGAAUCUGGGAGAAGGGAUGGAAUCUGGGAGAAGGGGAUGGAAUGAGGGAGAAGGGGAUGGAAUCUGGGAGAAGGGAUGGAAUCUGGGAGAAGGGGAUGGAAUCUGGGAGAAGGGGAUGGAAUCUGGGAGAAGGGGAUGGAAUCUGGGAGAAGGGGAUGGAAUCUGGGAGAAGGAGAAGGGGAUGGAAUCUGGGAGAAGGGGAUGGAAUCUGGGAGAAGGGGAUGGAAUCUGGGAGAAGGGGAUGGAAUCUGAGAGAAGGGGAUGGAAUCUGGGAGAAGGGGAUGGAAUCUGGGAGAAGGGGAUGGAAUCUGGGAGAAGGGAUGGAAUCUGGGAGAAGGGGAUGGAAUCUGGGAGAAGGGGAUGGAAUCUUGGAGAAGGGGAUGGAAUGAGGGAGAAGGGGAUGGAAUCUGGGAGAAGGGGAUGGAAUCAGGGAGAAGGGGAUGGAAUCAGAAGAAGGGGAUGGAAUCUGGGAGAAGGGGAUGGAAUCUGGGAGAAGGGGAUGGAAUCUGGGAGAAGGGGAUGGGAUCUGGGAGAAGGGGAUGGAAUCUGGGAGAAGGGAUGGAAUCUGGGAGAAGGGGAUGGAAUCGGGGAGAAGGGGAUGGAAUCUGGGAGAAGGGGAUGGAAUCUGGGAGAAGGGGAAUGGAAUCUGGGAAAAGGGGAUGGAACUUGGGAGAAGGGGAUGGAAUCUGGGAGAAGGGGAUGGAAUUUGGGAGAAGGGGAUGGAAUCUGGGAGAGGGGAUGGAAUCUGGGAGAAGGGGAUGGGAUCUGGGAGAAGGGGAUGGAAUCUGGGAGAAGGGGAUGGAAUAUGGAGAAGGGGAUGGAAUCGGGAGAAGGAGAUGGAAUCUGGGAGAAGGGGAUGGAAUCGGAGAAGGGGAUGGAAUCGGGGAGAGGGAAGGGGAUGGAAUCUGGGAGAAGGGGAUGGAAUCUGGGAGAAGGGGAUGGAAUCUGGAGAAGGGGAUGGAAUCUGGGAGAAGGGGAUGGAAUCUGGGAGAAGGGGGGGGGGGGGGGGGGAGAAGGGAUGGAAUCUGGAGAAGGGGAUGGAAUCUGGGAGAAGGGGAUGGAAUCUGGGAGAAGGGGAUGGAAUUGGGAGAAGGGGAUGGAAUCUGGGAGAAGGGGAUGGAAUCUGGGAGAAGGGGAUGGAAUCUUGGGGAAGGGGAUGGAAUCUGGGAGAAGGGGAUGGAAUCUGGGAGAAGGGGAUGGAAUGAGGGAGAAGGGGAUGGAAUCUGGGAGAAGGGGAUGGAAUAUGGGAGAAGGGGAUGGAAUCUAG